UUUCUUUAGUAUAGAAAUACGAAAAUCAAGAUUUGGAGGAGACUAUACUCAAAAUUCACACCGAUUUUCAGUAUUCAGCAAACUCGUUAUGCUGAACUCGGUGUUUUGAUGAUCAUUUGUAGCAUCAAGUAGCUUGUAUAGGUUCUUCUUGAUCGCGCUCUUAUUCUCCUUCCGGGGUAGAUGGAUGAGAGGAUUAUGUUUAGGCUAUGUCUGAGUAAUUGGUGUUAUUGAACGUUUUUCAUUGUCUACAAUUAUAAGGUUAAAUUGAAACUUGGACAUGUAGGAAUGUAGCCCUGCUUAGCAUAUGAAUUAGCUUCAUUACUGUUCUACUAAUUUCUCAAAAGGCGGUCCUUUUUUCUCUUGAUAGGACGAAAUGUGUGAGGGUUCUUUUUGAUGAGAAAAUCCUAUGUUAAUCACUUCUUGUAACUUGAAAUAAAAUUAGUCCAAUUCUUUUGUUAGGUUCUUAAUGUCUACCCUUAAUAUAGGAGUUUAGCUUCCCCUAAUUACUUCUGAAAGCUUAAAAGAAUUCAAAUGCAAAUAUCAAGUAAUAAGGAAGAUUGAAAUCAAGGAACUGAACCUAGUGAUGUGAAAGAUCCUCAAUAUUGCUACAGAAGUAGAUCAAGUAAUAAGGAAGAUUAAACUCGAUUAAACUCGAGGAACUUAACCUAUUGAUGUGAAAGAUGCUCAAUAUUACUACAGAAUUAGCCGUUUUUGGUGCAGUUUAGAUGACUAGAUUUCUACUAGUAUAUACAAAGUAAGUUUUAGGAAUGAUUAAAUGCUGCAAAGAAAGUGUAGGUUUUUUAAUUGGAAUUAUUGAUGAUUGUGAGCUGAUUUAGCAACUAUGUAUCCAAUGACCCAAAAGAUUCAUUAUUUUUUGAGGUAUUAUGGAUUUUAUCAAUAUGGCUUUGCAAGCUUAAUUUUUUUUUUUUUUUUAAUUUCUAAUUGCGAACAAGCUGACCGUCUAUGGUUUCUGGAUGUCGCUGACUGGAAACAGUAUAUCUGUUUCAAUAGGGUAAGUUGUGUGUGCAUUUAUCCCCUCCCCGACAUUGUUGUUGGCAUGGCUUUUCAGAGGCGUAUUUAUAUUGAUGUAGGAUUGAAGUAAUUUAGCGAGUAGUUAAGACUUCAACCUUUUUUAUCAGGAGAUGGUGAAUUGUUUACUGGGCAUAUUAAAAGAUCAUUUUGUUGUCAUUUGAGGAUGGUACUCUGUUUUUUGGUUAAUUCCUAUUGAUGAUUAGAAGAUCACUACUUGAGUAUGUUAUAGAAAAGAUUGACCAAGUGCUGACAUAAUCCUUUGCUUUAUCAGUUGAUUAACACUGCAUGUUUGCGUCAUUCAAAGUUCUCCAAGGGGUUGCAAUGCAUUGAAUGAUCACAUAAUUUAGGUAGUACUGAAAAUUACAAAGCAGCCUGGCAGAGUGGCAGGAUUAAGGCAAACCUCGUAUGAUAGCUGGCACCCCAGUUUUGGAAGUUGUAAUUACUGCGUAUUAAGAUAGAAAUUUCAUACUCUUAACAAAAUUAAUACUUCUAGGAGGGCAGCUACACUAACACAGUUGACUUUUGAAUUUAGCUUUUGCCUUUGGCUUUAUCACAGAUUAGGGCUGUAUGCGGUAAGAAUUUUUUUAAGCUUGCUGUUUUCUCUUUUGAAAUAACGUAUGUUGUUUCAAUCUUAGUCUUUAUAGAAAUGGAAGAAUCAGAGAGGGCAGCAAUAAGGGCUGCAUCUAAAGAGGUUUCUCAUGAAGUCAAUACUCUGAUGAAUGCAGAGGCUAUUGAUUCACUCAAGCAAAUGCAACACCUCAUAUUAGGAAGAUUGCAAGACAGCAAUGCGGUGCUUUCACAUUUUAAUGAAUACUCAGAGAAUUGCUAUGCAGAUGUCAUGGCUGACUUUUCAAAAAACACUCGUCUUUUGAAAUCAAUGAAGACUGACCUUGACUACAUAUUUUUGAAGCUGAGAAGCAUGAAGUCCAAGAUAUUUGCUACUUAUCCUGAUGCGUUUCCUAAUGAAUCCUUGGAAGUUGUUGACACUAGACCAGACCUUGAGGUGCCUGUGUGUGAAGAGAGUCAGCAAGGUCAUGCUGGUCCAACAGUAACCCAUAAUCAACCACCAACUGUAUAAUACAUUAUUUGAACGUUAACCAUCUUACGUUGUAGUUUGAACCUUGUUGAGUGAGCUCUACUGUCAAAUUUAAAUCUAUCGUAUGGAGUAUAGUUUUACUCCAAGAAUC